UAAAAAAUAAAUACGCCCCCCAAAAAAGCAAAAGCCGAAUCUAACAAGUGACGUGUACAUUCGCAAGCUCCUUUUGACUUCCGGGUCCGUGUAAACAGUGUGCUAAGCAAAUCAAUUUCACAUGAAAGAUGUCUAAGGUUACGUUUAAAAUCACGUUGACGUCGGAUCCCCGGCUACCAUACAAAGUACUUAGUGUUCCAGAGAGCACACCGUUCACAGCAGUGUUGAAGUUUGCAGCAGAGGAAUUCAAAGUGCCAGCUGCAACCAGUGCCAUCAUCACAAACGAUGGGAUAGGGAUCAAUCCUGCACAGACGGCAGGAAAUGUCUUCUUGAAGCAUGGCUCUGAAUUGCGCAUCAUUCCAAGAGACAGAGUUGGAGGAAGAGGACUCUACCUUUCCCCUUGAAUAUCCUAGUGACUCACCAACCAGAAAAAAAUGUCAACGUUUACCUGGGAAACAAAUGUGUGUGUAUGUGUGUGCAUGUGUGUUAGUGUGUGUUUGAGACAUUGUCCCAUGCAGGCUUUUCAGCUGUGUCUGUAUUUACCAGGAGAUCACAGGGCCGUCCUCGACUAUGGAAACACACAAACACACACAUUGAUUUAGUUUCAAAUAAGUACCUGGACAGACUCAUGGAAGACAGGAGUACUUCAAGUUAACAGUUUUUUUUUAUUGCAUAUUUAAGUUGGAACAAAUUUAUAAACAAAUUAAUCUAACCGUGAAACAUUCAAUUGGACUUUUACAUAUUGUGCUUUGUACCUGUAACAGUCAUUAGUUGCCUGCGUAUCUUUAGUGCACAAUGAUCAGCUUUUGUUCAACUUUGAUGAAGGCUGUUUGUUUUCAUCAGAGCAGUUGAAAACAGCCGUCUGUGUUCCAGGAUUGGGUUAAUCUGUGUCUGUGAAACUGACCUAAUAUCAUUCUUUAUUUUCAACAAAACAGUUUUACUCAUUGCUGAGAGCGUUUUAUGUGCUGUCAUUUCAAGAUUUAUUUGAGGACAGAUAAGAAAACUAUGAAUUGAUUCUUACUAGAAAAUGGUCUGCUUGUUGUUGGUCUGCAAAUACUUUGGAUUUGAGGAUCAGAAACUAUGAAUAAAUGGUAAACACUG